AUGGUGUAUGCGUUCAGUAAAGAGAGAAAACGGGAAUGCGGCGGCGGUGAGGAUAGUUGUACUCCAAAUGAGUUACGUUACAGAGGUGUAAGUAAGAGGCGAUCUGGGAAGUACUCAACUAAAAUUACAAACAUCCACUGGCUUGGGACAUUUGAUACGGCGGAAAAUGCUGCUAGGGCUUAUGAUAGAGCACCGAGGAUGUAUCGUGGCCAUGAGGGUAACCUCGAAAAUGCUAAUGAUUUUAUCCGCGGCGGAGGUGGGGUUCAGGAUCAGCCACCAACCAACAAUGCGGAGGCUCUCCAUCUUGAGCUCACCCUUGCCCCGCCAGGGAGCAUGUGA